AUGUCCACUACUACUAUUACUACUACUUCUAAAACUACAUCCCGUGUCUGGCUUAUUGUUGGUACUUCCACAGGUUUCGGAAGAGAAUUUGUCAAGUCUGUCCUUCAUAGAGGUGAAAAGGUUAUAGCCACAGCUCGUUCCUUGGACAAGAUUCAAGAUUUGAAGGAAUUGNGUGCUCAUACUAUGCAACUUGAUGUUACCUCCGAUCAAGCUAGUGUUAAAGUUGGUGGAUUGUAUUGUGCUACUAAAUUUGCUGUGGAAGCAAUUUCUGAAGCACUCAAAGAUGAAGUUGCUCAUUUGGGAAUUAAGGUUGUCGUUGUUGAACCAGGUUACUUUAGAACUGAUUUGCUUUCGUCUAGUAAUAUGAAGGAUGCUAAAAAAACUAUUUCAGAUUAUGAACCAAUUUACAAGGAAGUUGAUUUCCAUGCUGUUAAUCACAAGCAAAGAGGUGAUCCUGUAAAGUUAUCCGAAAGACUCGUUGAUGUUUUGACCCAGAGUGGAGUUGCUGCUGGAAGAGAAAUUCCAUUCAGAAUUCCAUUUGGUGUUGAUGCUUAUCCAUUCAUUGAAGGUAAAUGUCAAACUGUUUUGAAGGAAAUGAAGGAAUGGGAAGAUGUCAUUAAGAGUACUGAUCAUGAUGAUGUCACUCCUCAACAAUAA